UGUUUGCUGCCGAAGUCUGACAUCAUCGCUGCUCCUCUCAAUGGAAGCUCUGCGAGUGUCGAGAGCGAGAGAGACGCUAUCAUCACUCAGGGACUGAACGGACAGAGCCGGAGAGCUGGGGUAUGAGAGCCGACAUAAUCUGGAGCCAUCCGUCCCUCCCGAGUACCCGAUCGGCUUGACAACCACCGGAUCACAAAGUGCGGAGACUCAGCUUUAAAAUAACCCAAAUAUCGGUAACAGAAGAUGGAGCUCCGAGUGGGGAACAAGUAUCGGUUGGGAAGGAAAAUCGGCAGCGGGUCUUUCGGGGACAUUUACCUGGGUGCCAAUAUUGCCACGGGAGAGGAGGUUGCCAUAAAGCUGGAAUGUGUGAAAACCAAACACCCCCAGCUACACAUAGAGAGCAAGUUCUACAAGAUGAUGCAGGGCGGAGUGGGAAUCCCCUCUAUUAAGUGGUGUGGUGCGGAGGGGGAUUACAAUGUGAUGGUAAUGGAGCUGCUGGGUCCCAGUCUAGAGGACCUCUUCAACUUCUGCUCUCGCAAGUUCAGCCUGAAGACUGUCCUGCUCCUCGCUGACCAGAUGAUCAGCCGGAUCGAGUACAUCCAUUCCAAGAACUUCAUUCACAGGGACGUGAAGCCGGACAACUUCCUGAUGGGGCUGGGGAAGAAGGGCAACCUGGUUUACAUCAUCGACUUCGGCCUGGCCAAGAAAUACCGGGACGCCCGGACACACCAGCACAUCCCCUACCGCGAGAACAAGAACCUCACCGGCACCGCCAGAUACGCCUCCAUCAACACACACCUGGGCAUCGAGCAGUCCAGGCGUGAUGAUCUGGAGUCCCUGGGAUACGUCCUCAUGUAUUUCAACCUGGGCUCCCUGCCCUGGCAGGGCCUGAAGGCAGCUACCAAGAGACAGAAGUACGAGCGCAUCAGUGAGAAGAAAAUGUCCACCCCCAUCGAGGUGCUCUGCAAGGGCUACUCCUCGGAGUUCUCCACCUAUCUGAAUUUCUGCCGCUCGCUGCGCUUCGAUGACAAGCCUGACUACUCGUACCUGCGCCAGCUCUUCAGGAAUCUCUUUCACCGGCAGGGCUUCUCCUACGAUUACGUGUUCGACUGGAACAUGCUCAAAUUCGGUGCUGGCCGCACUCCGGAGGAGGGGGACAGGGAGAGGAGAGAGCACGAAAGAGAGGAGCGCAUUGUUCAGACACGGAGCUCUGCAGCCCGAGCGCUGCCCCCCGGCCCAGUCCCCGGGGCCGCAGGAAACCGGGUCCGCACCGGACCAGAACCAGUCAUGUCGACACCGGCCUCCAGGAUACAGCAGUCCGGUAACACCUCUCCCCGUGCUGUAUCCCGUGCCGAGCGGGAGAGGAAGGUCAGCAUGCGCUUGCACCGCGGCGCUCCGGCCAACGUCUCCUCUUCUGACCUGACGGCAAGACAAGAAGUGUCCCGGAUCGCAGCCUCGCAGGCCAGUAUGCCAUUUGAGCACCUGGGAAAGUGAGGGAGGCACUGUGGCACCAGGGAAGGCGUUUAGCGUUGCGGCCAUGAUUAGUUUUUUGCCAGUUUUUUAUUUUGCAAGUGGAUAAACGACGAGGUCAAGUGUUUUUAAUCCCAAUAGAGGAGCAGCUUACUCACCUGAGCAGAGAACAAGAUCCGGAAAGAAGAAUGGAGAGCCCUCCUCCACAGUCGCGAGUGACACCACACGCAGUGGGAGGGGAGGGGGACAGCAGAGAAGCAGCUUAUUUCACUUGUGCACAUUUUUGAACUGAAGGAAGAGAACUUAGACGUGUUAGUUCAGUAGUUUAGGGGAGUACAGUAGGUGUUCUUGGAGGACAGUUAUCACUCACUGCUACAAGAAGCCUGGGUGAAUAGGAGAAGGGUUCUUUUUUUUGUUUUUUUUUAAAUGGACAUAAGUUUUUCUCUUGUGCGAGUGAGUAAGGAAAGCUUUUUGUGCAAGGUUUUAUUUCCGUCAGUGCAUGUCUUGUUUUUUUUUUUUUUUUCAUUUUUAUACAGUACAAGCAUCAAAAAACGAAUGUCGUGACUUAUGACCAGUAUUGGCCUACAUCAACUGUUUAAAAUUGUAUGAAACGAUGGGAUUUCAAACAACUUCCAUUGAUGAAUUCUGCAGUAUUUAAACAAGACACAUGUUUGGUCUGCAGUCACAACACACAUGAAGAUCCUGAGUGGUUGUGUGAAUUCAGAUUGACACACAGUCAAUGUAUCACCCAGAACUAGAAGGUGCUCCGUGGUAGAGUGUGUGUAUAUAGAGACUAUACAGUUCUGGUAAAUACUUUCACUCAAGUGAAAGACUUCAGUCCAAAUUGCUGUAAAAAAUGUUGUAUCCAACAGCCAUGUUUUUGAGCUCCCCGAUGCAUGAGUGCUUUCGUUGGUGUGCCUGUGUCUGUGUGGCUACCUGGCUCGUGAUUGUUACAUGCAAAUUAAAUGAUGGAGGGUGGAAGGCAAAUGGUUAAAGUAAGUCCCCAUCCAGAAGUCCCGGCGCUGUGUGUUGUCGUGACCGUGCAGCACCCCUCCAUGGGGAAGCAGCUGCAGUGUAGCAUGAGCACAGCAGCAUGGUAUAUCCUCACAUUAACCAUGCUGUCACCAGAUUUGUAAGAGACACCACUCUCCAAUAAACACUGCAUUCAACAAGAAGCAAAUAAGCAGGACGCAUUGACCAUAGUGGACAUUGAAGGUCUUUGCUCUCCAACCGCAGUACUUCCAAUACACGCUGCCCUUGAAUAAACACUGCAGCUGUUUUAGGCAAUUUAAAAUACACAGCGGUGUUAAUGUGAAGAUAUACGAUACUAAAAAAAAGAAAAUCAGAUUCGUGUGACCUACAGUACAGGAACAAUAGGACACAUGACCUGAAUGCAUCUAGACCAUUACAGGAAGCAUCAGCAAUGUUUUCAUCUAUGGUUUCAGGCUUGGUUAGUGAUCCUUAAUGGGCUGUGAAGUGCAAACUUAAUUGUGUAUGAUUCAGAUGAUUGUCACUCACCAGAGCCCUGUAACAAAACCAUUUGAACACCCCCUGAACCCGCAUUUGAGAAGCUCUCCAUUCUCACACAGCAUUAACACAGCAUUUGAUGGCAAAAAAAGUCCCGCCCCUCCAAAUUUUGCUGCUUUUAAUGAAAAUAAAGUAUUUAUAUGGUUGUGGGUCCCAUGCUCUUUGUGUUGCCCUUUUAAAGACAUUUGCUGCAUUAUAGGAGGGCAAAAUUCAUGGUAUUUAGACUACGACAUUUUAACUAAUAUAUUGGAAACUGUAAGUCAAGCUCUUUCAAAUCCACUAUUGUAUAUGCAUAUGCAGAAGUGUCAUUCGUGUUUCUUGAUUCACCUUGCACUGCAUAUCGUUUUAUUUAAACUCAGGCUGCAAUAAUUGACACACUUUGAAAUGACACCAGUAAGAAACAAACACAAAAAACUGACCUUUUUUGUUUGAAUCAUUUUAACCCUUUUUUUUUAUUAUUUGAAUAUUGUAUUUUUUUUUUUUUAAAUGUUGGUGCUAAACCCAAAGGAAAUUUGGAGCUCAAACUUGGUCAAAUGUGACACCCCAGUGUUGCACUUUUCAACGCCAAGAACCCAUUUGUAAAUGCAGCUGCACCUUCACCUUCUGUGCAAUCCCAUACUGAUGCACGUGACAUAACACCUGUGUGAAUCAGCUGGUAGUUUAGUGGCUUGUAUUUCAAUGUAGCAAACGUCUUUGUUUUAAAGGCCUGAAUCUCAGUGCAACAGGAUUGUCAGUGAUUGAGGGAGAGGGGGCAAAAAAACAAGAGACUGUUUUUAAAUGGAAAACAGUGACCUUGAAAUUUGCUGCACUGACUUUUUUUCUAUUUAACCCACGGAUUCUUAUUUAUUUACCCCGUCAUGUUGUUGUUUAUAAUUCACUUUAUAAUUUGAAUACUUUUUUGUGGGGGGGUUAAGGGUGAAUUUUUUUACUUCAGUGUAAAUACAAGCUUUUUUUUUUUCCUCUGUGUAGCCAAACGUGAUGUUUUAAGAUGUUACGGGGGGGUUAAAAAAAAGAGAAACAUGAGAGAGUUUAUUUGGGAAACGGGAUGCUGUCAUACUGUUGCUGGUAUUGUUAUUUUGAACUGCCUUGUUUUUUUCAUGAUUUAAGUGACCAGAAGAAUGAGUAAUACAACCACUCCAAUUUGUAUUUUACAUAUUUAUAGAUGUAUAGGUAUCUAUCAAAUUACUUCUGUUAAAACAGGUUUUUAUUUAAAUCAUCAGUCUGCUGGUUUUAUUUAUCUGGGUAUCUUCACAAGGUUUGGUGGGUAUGAAGCAUUAUUUUAUGUUACAGUACAUGACUUGUUACAGAAAUGAUUUGAUGCAGUGCAGUACUGCUGUGGUGUUCUGCGCUAUGACUAGGCUAUAGGGCUUCAACACAUAUCAUAUAGACUCUGAUUGGCAGGUGUGACAUUAUGAACUCGGCACAAUGGAUAUCCAACCCUGUUCCCAUUUCAUACACACCCAGGCAAUUCAAACCGAGGACACACCAAAACGCACUUUUUUUUUUUUUUUUUUUUUUUUUGCUUUUUGCAUUUAUUUUAUCAAUCUUUAGAUAAAUUGAACACCACUGAAAAUGAGUGGUUGUUUAGAAGUUGGUGCCUGGUUUCGCCGUCCUUGAUUUACCAUUGGAAUACCUGCUGUUAAAGUUGGCUAAGAUUAGUGCUGAUCUGGAACAGUGAAACCUGCAGUAAAUGAAAGAACCAACAUUUAACAGCAUUAACACUGGUUGAAAUUUUGCAGGUGUUUUGGCACACUUGUUGACCCCAUUUAUUGUUAAAUUGAAGAAAAUUCAGCUCCACAAUGAUGAGGCGAGUAGCAAACAUCAGAACUAAAUGGACUCGUGCAUUGCCUGCUGUAUACAGGAAACGCGCCAAACCCUCUAGCCUGCAGAAAACAAAGAGAUGAGUGGGGGUGGAGUAUAUUUAUUCAAUGUAGUCCAUAUUUUAUAGGCAAAGUCAAAUUCUGCAGGAUUUACAUUGUAUUUGAACCUGAACAGGUUACUUUUAGCAUCGUGUUUUUAAUUAUUUUUGUUUAAUGAUCCCGUUUGACUGAGUGACAACGUGUAUUGCGUGGUGAAUCUUGUACAGUUCUUUGUUUAACACUGUUUAACUUUAUUUACAACAGUAUUUGUGUAUAUUUUAUGAAGUAAUAAAAAAAUAUAAAAAACCA